GAUGAUCUGAAAGGUUCACAUCGGUCCAACCCUUGUUAUGCGUUGUCUAAACUUGGCGAUACGAAACAAAAUUUCGAGUUUGAAAGUUGCCUAGGCCUACUGGGCACCGACAGAGCGAUCCGCAGUUGAAGUUGUAUUUCUAGUAAGCAAAAUAUGGUUUGUAGCUUUGUAAGAACGCAUCCUCGUUUUAAGGUCGUCUAGAUCCUCGACGUAGGAAAUGCAAGUAUCACUUGAGCCGGACGACAGUGCCGAACGCGGCGAUAGGCACGGUGCUGCUGCUGCGAGCUGCGCUGUGCGAUUGUUCCUCCGGGCUUCGUGAGUCGCUCGUCUACCCGACAGUUUCAUGUCUGCAAAAUCAGUGCUAGGAGUCCAUCGGAACUCUAGAAGGCUACUCAACUAGCGUCGCGGGAUCAAAGGUAAGUGCGCGACUAAAAAGAAGCGUUAAACACGGAGCGUAAGCCGUGUCAAACGCAAGGGAGCGAAGGUGUCCCGACUGCAUCGCCUCCAUCCAUCCAUCUUUCCGGGACAUUCUUUUCAUAAAGUACAAGACUAGUAUAAACACGAAUAACUUUUAUGCACUACUAUGUGUUCGCAUAUCGUCUAAAGUGCUGUACAAAUUAGGCAUUUGUGCUGAAUCUUGCCAAAAUGUGGGAUGAGUGCAAACAGGGUUACGGGGCAGACUUGUGUUGCAUUAGUUCUCGGACUGUGAGAGACUUUGCGUUAGCUUACAUUCUAAUCGCAUUUCGUCUCUUAUAUAACUUGUGUUGAUUACCGCCGAUUAGCAUCGUCAAACAUGCAGACUUGAUAUGAUACCCGUGUAUCGCGUCUCUAACAUGCCUGCGGAGCAUGCCUCUUCAAAGCGGCGGAUGUGAGAGAUGUGCAUUGAAUUACAUUUGCUCUCCGGCAGAGUACUGCCUCUGGAAAUGUUUUCUGAUGUCAGCCGACGUUGGCAUGAGUGCUGAGAGUUGUUGCGUAGGGAAACGACCAAUUUGUCUGUCGCGGUCACGCUCGUGCUGCAAGGAUCGUUCGAAAGUGGUCCACUCGGACGCCGCAUUUCUACCCAGGCCUCAUCGCGCUGGCUUCUCGCAGCUUUGUGUGUCCCGUUUCGGCGUCAGCGAAACGUGUUAGCCGUAAGGAAUUUGCGAAUGUCUGCUGUGUUUGUUGUCAGCGAAAAAGGCGGAACCGAUUCAUGUUUGCGUAUUCACAGCCCGUCGCAACCAUGGUCGUGGAGGGCCCACGGAGCCGCUACGCCCCGUCGACGGGCAUGACUGCUCGCGAAUUGUGCGAGAGCGACGACCAGGCGACAAGUCUCAUCCUAGAUCCAUAUCUGGGCUUUGCUACGCACAAGAUGAACCUCAGAUUUCGCCCUUACAAGUCCCACAAGCAGGAGCUGCAGCAGCUGAUAGCAGAUUUCAAGACCCACAAUCAAUAUGAGAAGGUGUUCUCUAAGUUAACAGACUUUGUCCCGGCCUCGUUUCUCACUAAGGCCCGGCAGGGUCCGUUCAAAGAGCACAUCUUUCGUUACCUUCGUGUGUUUGACAAGGAAGCAGGGUUCCAGGUUAUGCGAUGUGACCGUUAUUCAAUGGAAGGCAAUGUGGGUGCCAAGAUAUGUGCAACCAAGAAAUGGUACAAGAAUGAGAAGAUCCCGCACCUAGUGGGCUGCAUAGCGGAGCUGACAGAGGAGGAGGAAUGCCAGCUAUUGUGUGCCGGCAAGAACGACUUUAGUGUCAUGUACUCCUGCCGAAAGAAUUGUGCCCAGCUGUGGCUUGGACCGGCUGCCUUCAUCAACCAUGACUGCCGGCCCAACUGCAAGUUUGUGUCGACGGGCCGAGACACUGCCUGUGUGAAGGUGUUAAGGGACAUUGAAGAAGGCGAAGAGAUCACAUGCUUCUAUGGCGAGGAUUUCUUUGGAGAUGGCAACAGUUACUGCGAGUGUGAAACGUGUGAAAGGCGAGGAACUGGAGCGUUCACCACCAAGAAGGGCCGGCAACCAAGCCUGAUGGAAACCCGAUUGGCAUACAGUUUCCGAGAGACAGACAAUCGCCUCAACCGCUGGAAGCAGCAGGUCAAGUCACCCCAGCACAAGCCACAGCUGCAGCCACAGCAGGCACACCACCAGCCAGGUGGCAAGACUCCUCGGAGAGCCCUCUCCCGGCACAGCAACCACCAGAGCAACCGUCUUAGUACUAGGGCAAGUGCAGGCCACAAGAAACCACUGGGAAAUACUGAUGUGCUGCAAGACCGUCCACUGAUGCCCGGCCACAUAGGAAAAAAUGCAUCAUCCAAGUCGGUGUUGGCCAGCAAACAUUUUGUGCAGCCGUCUUCUGUCAGUCCACCGGCCAUAACACUCAAAGAAGCAAUUAUCAAUGGUGCUCUUCAUUCAUCUGAAGAGAGUGACAGUGCUCUGCAGGAGAACGAGGCAUCCGUCACGAUGACAGUCACGACAAGGGCUCGAAACCAACACCGAUCGGAGAACAAAGCCAUGGCAACUGCGAGCAAAUCGCCCGAGGCAAAGCCCCUCGACAAGCUAGAGACAAAACAAGAACAACCAUCAUCCCCGUGCCCGUCCACACUAAGUGGCUCUUCACCAAAGCCUGCUGAAGUUGCUUGUUCCGAAGCCUCUAGUAUCGACACAGAAGAGUCGCAUAAGGAAGCGUCCCCUGAACCAGUGAAUGAGGUGAGUGAGGUUGUGUCUGGCAAGCCAAGUCCUACAGAGUCGUGCAAGGCUGUGGAAACAAGGAAGCCUCUUCAAACUGCCAGGGAAGUUCGUGUUCCUGUGUCUUCGAGGAGGGACAGGAGGCAUCCGAGGAGGCUACGGUGUGUCAAGGCACCUUCAGCUGAUCAUGCCCCUUUGUCUGAGGGUGCAAGUGCAAUGAAAAGGGAACAGGUGAGCAAACCACUUGAGGAAACUGCCGACACUCUUCUCUCUGUUGCAGAAAAACAGGAAGAGGUAAUCAAGAAAACUGAGGAAUGUACACCAGAGGUAGUAUUUGAUGCAGAAGUGGAUAUGUGUGGAGUUGAAACAUCAGAAAUGGGUGAAGCACCAGAAAUUGUUGCACCGGAGUUAGUAGUAUCAGAAAUCGUUCAACCAGAAGUUGUUCAGUCAGAGGUUAUGGAAGUGGAAGUGGUUCAGGCAGAAGUAAUUCAGCCAGAAGUUGUUCAGGCUGAGGUGAUUGAUGCAGAAAUGGUCCAAGCUGAACCAAUUGAUUGUGAAAUGAUUGAACAGGAGGUGCUUCUCGCAGACAUCACUGUUGAAGACGUGGCUGAGCCAGAACUGAGCCACUUCGAUGUUGUUCAGUCUGAGAUUAGCGAAGUCGACAUGACCGAGCAACCACCCGAACUGCAGCAGAUGGUUCCCCACUGUGAAGAGGAGCCUUUUGUGCAGAUAUUAGACACUGCCAUUCUUGAAGCACCAAUGGUCACUGUACUGCCAGAGAAAACACAUCAUGCAAGUAGCAAUACAAAUUGCCGGGAGCAUCUGGAGAAGACGAAGAAGGAGCCAAAGAAAGAAGCGCCAAAAAGAGAGCCCAAAGUUGAACCAGAAGCAAGAAUCGUGCCUCGCAUGCGCAUUAUUCCUGCAAAGAGGCUGCCACCACCACCUGCGAGUCAGGCCAUGGCACAGUCAGCUGCCCCAUCACAACACCUGGGUUGCCUCAAGCUGACGAUACGCCGGCUACAUCCACACAUGCGCGGUGACACCUCACCUGUGUCGACAGCUCGCCGCCAGACUGUGUAUGAGGUGUUGUCACCUCCACUCCUGUCGCCUGAAUCGCCUCGCAAGAAGAAGAAAAAGAAGAAAGACAAAAAGAAGGCGAGUGAACACCGCAAACAUGCGCGCAGGCGGGAGGAAAAACCGUCUCCUGCGACUGUUGGAGCUAAGCGUAUUCGGCUCAUCUUGGGCAACGAUGCAAUUGAUAUUGACAUUCCACCCAACAAGUGUAAGAAGCGCUGUUGACCAGCUGUGAGUGACACAGGAAGUCACAGACUAAGCUGCUGUGUGAUACAGUGGGUGUACGGAAUGCGCUGACGUUUAAAAAAAAAAACUGCACUCUUGACUUUUUUUCUUCUUGACAUUGGGUUCUGCCCACGAGGGGACAAGUGUUUUGCAGCACGCAUUUAUGCCUGACUGUUGUCAUUUUUUUUUUUUCCCGGUUUCAGAGCCCUAUUGAAAGCAGUAAAAAAAAAUGGUAUAAUGUUAUAUGUGUUGUAAAUAGCAUGUGCACUGCCAGUGGUGUUUGAAAUGGAAGGAUUUUUCUGUGGACAACCUUCUGUAGGCCUGCGGGUUUCAGGAAACUCUUGGAGACUGGUUCACCAAAUUAUGUGCUGUCCGAUACACAGUUUUCUUUUAGUAAUAAACUGACUGAAGACGUAAUGUGUUGGUGCAGGAAUAGGCACAAAGUGUUCUUAUUCACUUUGUGCUCACUGUGCGUUUUACAGUCAUGCGGGCAUAGUAUUUUGUGUUGAUCUGAGCUGAAUGUUGCUUCUAUUUUGUUUCGAAAUGUGAACCGCCCAUUACUUUGCACCACUUGUAUUUAUUGUUGUCUAAAUUAUUUAGUACAAUCCUUGACUGGACAAAGUAAAGCACCGUGAAGACAUUAAAAUUUCAAGUUCUUGUAGGGCUGAUUUUCUACAAAUUGACCUUUUGUCUUUACUUUGCAUGAAUACAUGCAUCUUUUCGUUAGGCCUUCCAGCGAAGAAAAGUUCAAAUCACGUGCAUUCGGGGCGACAUGUGCCAGCUCUGUUUUAAUUGAAGUUGCACUGGACUUGCGAUCGUGAAUAAAAGUGUUUGUUGGGCCCUCA